AGAGAGGGAGGAUUGUUUCUUUCUCUGGAUGCCAGCAGCAGCAACAGCAGCAGCAGCACCUCAUCCGGACUAGAGGUGACCGGGGCUGGGGGUGAAGGUGUGUGUGUGCGUGCGUGUGUGUGUUGCGCGUGUGGAGAGACUGCAGGAGCGGGAGAGGCUCAACUUGCUCCCCUCUCCGCCGCCGCUCUGCCCUCUCUGUGUGCGCCGCGGCUCCUCUCCUCCUGUUCUCCGGGACACGGGCAGGCAUCUGGCGUGGUGAGAUGUGAAGAGGCUUGAAGUAUGGCAUGCAAAGAUGGUUUCUGCCAAGACGAAGGAGACGGUGACAGCGAUGUGCCCCGCUUUUAUUCGGACCCUCUUCUACUUUUUCUGUUUGGCGACUUGUGUAAAGAAAAUCUCUGGACAGACAAAGAAGGAUGAAAGGAUAUACCCGGAGAAUUUUACGCGCAUUUUAGACCGACUUCUGGACGGCUAUGACAACAGGCUACGACCCGGAUUUGGAGGUCCCGUGACUGAGGUCAAGACCGACAUAUAUGUAACAAGUUUUGGGCCUGUCUCAGAUGUUGAAAUGGAGUACACAAUGGACGUGUUCUUCCGGCAGACGUGGGUGGACCGCAGGUUAAUGUAUGAGGGCCCAAUAGAGAUUUUGAGGCUGAACAACCUGAUGGUGACUAAAGUGUGGACCCCAGACACCUUCUUCAGGAAUGGCAAAAAGUCAGUCGCUCACAACAUGACGGCCCCCAACAAGCUUUUCCGCAUCAUGAAGAAUGGCACCAUUCUGUACACCAUGAGGUUGACUAUCAGUGCUGAAUGUCCCAUGAAGCUUGUGGACUUCCCCAUGGAUGGACAUGCGUGUCCUCUCAAGUUUGGAAGCUAUGCCUAUCCUAAAACAGAAAUGAUCUAUACUUGGACCAAAGGGCCUCAGCAUUCAGUCGAGGUCCCUCCUGAGUCCUCCAGCCUCGUUCAGUAUGAUCUCAUCGGCCAGACGGUCUCCAGUGAAACCAUUAAAUCCAUCACAGGUGAAUAUGUGGUGAUGACGGUCUACUUCCACUUGAAACGUAAAAUGGGCUACUUCAUGAUUCAGACGUAUAUCCCCUGCAUAAUGACAGUAAUCCUCUCCCAAGUGUCCUUCUGGAUAAAUAAAGAAUCAGUCCCGGCACGCACAGUCUUCGGCAUCACCACCGUCCUGACCAUGACAACACUCAGCAUCAGCGCUCGCCACUCCCUUCCCAAGGUGUCGUACGCCACUGCGAUGGACUGGUUCAUCGCUGUCUGUUUCGCCUUCGUCUUCUCUGCCCUCAUUGAGUUUGCCGCCGUAAACUACUUCACCAACGCGCAGAUCGAGCGGGCCAAAAAGAAGCCGGCCAAAUGUCCCCCGGUGCCCCAAACCACGCCUGUCAAGGUCAAGGACACAGAGGAAGUGCUGCAGAAUCCUGAUAGCAACGGUAACCUGAGAAAACGGAUGAAUUAUAUCUCCCACCAAGAGUCCAGCAGUCACCAGAGAGCUCAGUCCACCACCAACAUCUCAGGAGUGGGGAGAGCGAGACCGCUGCGACCUUUAGCCAGCGGAGCCAACGGCAGCUCGUCCACCCUGUCCCGCUCCAGCCCCAAGUCUGAGAGCCUCCUCAGUGUGGCCUCAUCUUCUGCCCAGCUGGUGAAGAGUAUGCCCCAGGCUGCUGCUUCCACACCAGACGUGAUGGCGGGGACGCCGUGCAAGCAGAACGCCAGCUCCUCGUCUCUGCAGCAUCUGCUGGGGCCUAAGCUGGAGCGCAUCCAGAUGAUGGGGAACAAACUGGAGCUAAAGCAGACGCCAUGCUCCCAGCCCACCACUGCUGGUAUGGGUGGAACCAGCAAAAUUGACAAGUAUGCACGGAUCCUGUUCCCAGUGUCUUUCGGGGCUUUUAAUAUGGUCUACUGGGUGGUUUACUUAUCAAAGGACACGAUGGUGGCUAAAGGUGGCUAGACUUUGCUCUGGCAAUGAGAGCAAAGAUCUAUUUCUUUCAACAGAUGGAAAUCAAAUAAGGAUU